AUGUCGUACGCCACUGGACUACAUCGAGCUCUACUGACGAUCGGAAAGAACAAUCUCCCGCCCAAGAGCCUGGAGAAGUUCCGGCUAAUGGGCCGGAAGGAGCGGCUGGUCCGCAAGUUAGUCGCCGCUUUCCUGGUCGGUGUCGAGAAGCAGGCUGAGGAGCGCGAGCGCCUGGCGGACUGCGAAGAAGUCGUAGUUGAUGCUGAAGAUGAUACAGCGGACGGCGACGGUGAGGUGCAGAUCGCAGAUAAAGCCAUCGGUAACGACGAUCCCAUCGAUGCCCCGGAGGCCCUCGAAGAUGCCACAGAGAAACCCGGCCGCCCCGAUGAGUUUUCUGAGGAACCACCGACUGUCUCCCUCGAAGAGGGCAAUGCCGCCCGUUCCCCUGCCGUGGCUACGGGAGGCUCCCUCCCAUCUUCACCGUCGCCUGCCCGAAGCUCGCCGUUCCGCGAGCUUGGCAACCUUUCGCCUUUGAAGCCAGUGGACGACGUCCUCGCGCGUUCUGCCGAGGAGAUUGGCGUGCUGACCACAGAGGAUGCGGAAGGCCCGGCGCAAGACACUUCAGCGACGCCGACCGUGAUCCUGAAAUGGGCGCCUUCCUCGACGCCUCUCCAACAGAUAUCGCCCAGUCUGCAUGUAAAGGUGGAACCUUCCGAACACGAGGCUCCGCUGCCAGCACACCACAUGCAGCAUCCUGUCCAGGAUAAUACAUAUAAUGAGCAGGCAACAGAGCACCUGCAACCGGUGGCAGCCCGACGGCCACCGCCGGAUUCCUUCGCCUGCCUCGCCAUCGGGAUGGGGCGAGCCCCGCGCGACGACUUCGAGCGCGAGGUCUACACCGAAGGCCUCGCGCGCGCGUACGCGCAGAUCCUCGCCCGGGAGAACCUCGCGUCCGACCUGGAAGAGCGCGGCAUCGAGCUCCCGCACAUCGAGGAUGACGGCGUGCUCAAGCCGCGCUGGGACAACGUGUGGGCGCUCGAACACGACGCGUACCAGGCAGUGUACGCGAACGCGUUCGCGGAGGUCCUCGCGCAGGAGGCGCUCGAGGAGGAGGCUGAGGACUCAGAUGACGAGGAGAGGCCGGUGGACCGGAUGGACCAGGACUGGAAGGUCCAGAUUCGGCGCCCGAGGUGCGUCAUCGAAGAGGUCGAGUUCGCGGAUGGGUCGGCCAUGGACAUCUCGUUCCAUGGGCCGGUAGACCCUAUGGAGUGCGAGGUGACCGAGGGUCCCGCUGGCAUGCCGGUGUCGAUUCUCGCGGGGCUAGACCAUGUCGACGAGGAGCCGAUGGACGUCGACUUGCCGGACCAAGCGGGCGACAUCGACAUCCGCGACGCGUCGAUGAUGUCGAUGGCACCUUUCGACUUUGCCCAGCCUAUCCAUCCCUUACAGGAUAUACUCGGCGCGUUUGGCAAUAUCAGCCUCUGGUCAAAAGACACCAUCGAAGUGGACGCGCACCUUGACUGGUAA